GGCUUAUUUGAUGUCUCUGGUUGAUGUGACAUAGUAAUUAGAAAUUACAAAAUGAGUGCGUGAGUAAUCAAUAUAUUCAUAACAGACAUCCUUGCAGAAACUCGAUUUACCAACUCUAACAUGAACUUGACAGUGACAAUACAUCGAGAUAAUGAGGUCAAUCAGGUAAUUAAGCAGUGAACUGAUACACACGGACGUGACUGCUGCAGAGCUCAACCAGCUAGAUAAGGUUAACUGCCUUAACCAAAAUAAACGCUGACAACGACGUCAAAGGGAAACAAAAGACUGUCAGAAUGGCAGAGGGCUUUUUGAUGGAAGUGUGUGUUGACUCCGUGGAGUCUGCUGUCAACGCCGAACGAGGAGGAGCAGGUAGACUUGAGCUGUGUUCCAGUCUUAUGGAGGGAGGACUCACUCCCAGUCUAGGUCUUCUGCAGGUAGUGAAGCAGUAUGUCAAAAUUCCAGUCAAUGUGAUGAUCAGACCCCGCGGAGGGGACUUCCUGUAUUCAGACCAGGAUGUGGAGGUAAUGAGGAAGGACAUAGAGUUGAUGAAGAGUCAUGGGGCUGAUGGACUUGUGCUGGGAGCCCUUACAGAGGAUGGAAGGGUGGACACAGAGCUCUGCAUGGAGUUACUUGCUGCUGCCCGUCCUUUGCCUGUCACCUUCCACCGAGCUUUUGACAUGGUUCAUGACCCAGUGAUUGCUCUGGAGACUCUGGUGUCAUUAGGGUUUCAGCGUGUGUUGACGAGUGGCUGUGACAGCUCUGCUUUGGAAGGACUCCCUCUUAUUAAACGCAUCGUUGAUCAAGCUAAAGGGAGAAUUAUCAUAAUGCCAGGAGGGGGGAUCACAGAGAGGAACCUGCAGAGAAUUCUAGAGGGGUCAGGGGCUCAAGAGUUUCAUUGCUCAGCCCGCUCCAAUCGAGAUUCUGCCAUGAAAUUCAGGAAUUCCUGUGCGAUGAUGGGAGCUGCUUUCUCAGCACCUGAGUACAGCUUGAAGGUGGCAGAUGUCAGCAAAGUUCGCACACUUAAUGCAAUUGCCAGAAAUACCUUGUGAAAAUGUACCAGACAGUCCUGACAGACAACAAAAGAGAUACCUCAAAAAUGAUCAUGAGUAAUUAUACUGAUAUGUCAUCAUUUGUUUUCACAAAAUCCCAGAAUAAGCGGACAUUUCAGAAUUGCCACAGAGUGCCUUUUUUCUGAUUUCAAUCAGUCUGAACAGUCCUUAUAACAUUAGAGUGUAUGGGCAGCCCUAGAGCCUUCUGGGAUAUACCUGCAGUAUCUCACGGUGCUAAGAACUGUGCACAAUUUACAUGCAUUACUGUAAACCUUUGCGUGGCCUCAGAUAUAGUGUAGUAAAAUACAUAGUAGAUUGUUAAAUUAAACAUAAUCGUGUUCCUAUACUGUAACUAAAGAAAAGCACUAAUCGGUGCUGCUGGUGCAGAACAGUAUGUUUUCCAGUUGCCAUAUAGCGGCCUAUAUUUAUUUACAGCACUCCCUCUUUACAGUGGAACAUAAUGCAAAGAUGUGCCCUAAUGUACUUUAU